AUGUACGGACCUCCUCAGGGCGGUCCCUACCCACCACAAGGCGGCUACUACCAGGACAACCGUAACAACAACGGCGGUGGCGGCGCCGGUACGGGCAUUCUCGCCGGUCUCGCUGGUGCGCUGGCGUGUUGCUGCUGCUUGGAUUGCUUGUUCUAAGUCGGCACGCGAUGCUGGCGAGAACAGUGGUGUGUGAGGGCGGCAGCGGCUUCUAUAUUCGCUCGACAGAGUGGAACCAAGACGCGGCCCUCCUCGCGACGUCGCAUCACCAGACAUGGGGACAAUCAGUCACAACUUGUUCUUUUCUGUUUUCGGUCCACCGGCGUCAAGGAACUGCAAUGUUUGCGCGGUAUAAUACAGAAAGGAGUAGGCAGAGAGGAAGCUGCUGCUGAACGUUUCGCGCGUGUGGAUAGAGGCCCAGCACGACGCUUCACGGUUCUUGGGGAGGCGCUGUGUAGGAUGUCUUUUUUCUGUAGGCUUGGUUGUAAUCGUUGCAGGGCGCGCGUUGGAGGAAGUAUUACACAUCUUCGCGCCUGCAAGUGGCCCGUCGAGCCCUUCGGCAAUAAUUCCAUAUCUUUGUCUGUC